AUGGCGAACCGGUGGUGGGCGGGGCAAGUGGGAUUGCCGGGGAUGGACACAUCAACCAGUUCAGCAUCUCCAAUGAAAAAGCCAGAUCUAGGUAUAUCCAUGUCCAACAUCAAUAGAGAAGCGACCGAGAGUGGCAUGGGCAAAGAAGAAGAGCAAGAAGAAGAAAGAGAGAAUAGCGACGAGCCUAGAGAAGGCGCUAUAGAUGUCGCAUCUCGCCGCCCUAGAGGCCGUCCACCAGGGUCCAAGAACAAGCCUAAACCACCAAUUUUUGUUACUCGUGAUAGCCCUAAUGCACUCAAGAGUCAUGUGAUGGAGAUAGCUAAUGGAUCUGAUAUAGCCGAAAGUUUAGCUUGUUUUGCAAGAAAGAGGCAAAGAGGGGUUUGUGUGCUUAGUGGAAGUGGUAUGGUAACCAAUGUAACCCUCAAGCAACCUUCUGCCUCAGGUGCUAUCAUGGCUCUCCAUGGUAGGUUUGAGAUUUUGUCACUCACUGGAGCGUUCUUGCCCGGACCGGCCCCACCUGGGGCGACGGGACUAACUAUAUAUUUAGCCGGAGGGCAAGGACAAGUUGUGGGGGGCAGUGUGGUAGGAUCACUUGUUGCAUCAGGGCCGGUAAUGGUUAUUGCUGCAACAUUUUCAAAUGCUACUUAUGAGAGAUUGCCGCUAGAAGACGAGGAGGAGGGCAGUGGUGGCGCACAAGGGCAGCUUGGUGGAGGCAACAGUGGCGGCGAGGGUAACGGUGGAGGAAUGGGGGAUCCGGCUUCAUCAAUGCCUGUUUAUAAUUUGCAACCAAAUUUGGUGCCUAAUGGAGGACAACUGAACCAUGAAGGAUAUGGGUGGCCUCAUGGCAGACCGCCCUAUUAG